AUCAGUGAUACAGGACCCCCUGCUGAGUUGGCGGCGGAGGCGUUAUGGUGUGGUGACAGUGGACUUUGAAAGCCGCAGCCGCUACACGCUCACCAUCCUGUGGAUCACAGUGACGCUGGUGAUUGCCGUCUUUGUACCAGACAUCAGCAAGGUCAUCAGUGUUAUUGGAGGGAUCAGUGCCUUUUUCAUCUUUAUCUUCCCAGGGCUGUGUUUGAUUUUUGCCAUGCAGUCUGAGCCAGUAUCCUGUAAGACCAG